AUGCAGUACGUUCCGUUCGCCUCUGACAUCGAGAUCCCCUUCUACGCCUCUCUCGCCUCACACAAAAUCAAUCAUGAUAAGCUGGACGACUCGGCCCGCAAGCUUAUGGGGUUCUACGAGAUCCGUCCAGCUGAUGCUAAAGAGCAUUCUUGUCGGAUGCAGAUUCAUGGCAACGCCCUGACCAACGAUGAGACUCCGGCUGGAUACUAUCGUGCCGAGGGAAUGAUCAAGAACGUCAACACGGUCGAAGACUACAGGAACAUCGAUAAAAUCCAGAUGUUGCAACAAGCCGGUCGGACCAUUUGGGAUUCCAUUAAUGAUGGCACUAUAUUUUCGUGUCCCUCGCUUCUGGCCUCGUUCCUCGUGCUAUCGUUCGCCGACCUCAAAAAAUAUCGCUUCUCCUACUGGUUCGCUUUCCCGGCCCUCGUUAUGGAACCAUCCUGGGCGCCUGUAUCCGAGACAGGACAAGCGGUAGAGGGUACGCCACACAAAAAGCUGAGCUCCGACGAGAGCACGGCUUUGGUGGACAAAGUCCAAACAUGGCGCUACAGCGUUGACUCCCGCCAGCACGGCUUCUUCUUAGCCAAAAAGAGUCGCAGACCACAACCAAAAUCAGAGCCAGAGCCUGAGCGCGAUCCAGAGGAACAGGACCGAUCCUCGUCACCGCCACUUACACCUGGCGCGAGCCUGAGCUUCACGUGGCAAAUUGCGUCAUUGUCCGCCUACGAGACGGGUUUCUUCGAAGGCGAGUAUGCCGACGACUGCUACGUCUGCUUCGCUGAUCCCUCCAACUACUCCGAACCCGGGCCCGUCGCCCCAGCCUGGGUGCUAAGAAACCUCCUCGUCCUAAUGCGCCAACGAUGGAAGCGCGACCGCGCCCAGAUCCUGUGCUACCGCGAGACCCAGAGCCGUCGAGACGCCGCCCGAAGCGUCAUUCUCGACAUGGAGAUCCCCCGACAGAGCGCGAAGCAGACGAGCACCACCACCACCACAAGCACGACGGACGAAGCACUCCAGAAAGACCCCAUGGCGCUCCCCAAAGUCGUCGGCUGGGAGCGCAACGCUCAAGGCAAGCUCGCGGGCCGCAUGGUCGACCUGACCGAGUACAUGGACCCCAAGAAACUCGCCGACUCGAGCGUCGACCUGAACCUCAAGCUGAUGAAGUGGCGCAUCAGCCCCACCCUCAACCUCGACGUCAUCAAACAAACGAAAUGCCUCCUCCUCGGCGCCGGCACGCUGGGCAGCUACGUAUCGCGCAACCUGCUGGGCUGGGGCGUGCACAAGAUCACGUUCGUCGACAACGGCGCCGUCUCCUUCUCCAAUCCCGUGAGGCAGCCGCUGUUCAACUUCAGGGACUGUCUCGAGGGAGGGAAGAAGAAGGCCCUCGCCGCCGCGGAGGCGUUGAAGGACAUCUAUCCGGGCGUCGACUCGGCGGGGCAUGUCAUGUCCGUCCCGAUGGCGGGACAUCCGGUCACAGAUGCGGAGCGCUCAAGGGCUGAGUACGAGAAGUUGAAAGACCUUAUUGACGAGCACGAUGUUAUAUUCCUCUUGAUGGACUCAAGAGAGUCUCGUUGGCUUCCCACUGUCAUGGGUAAAGCUGCGGGCAAGCUGGUUGUGAAUGCUGCUCUUGGCUUCGACACGUAUGUGGUCAUGAGACACGGUGUUCGCACAUCCCCCGCGUCAGACCCGAUGCUAAGUCUUGGAUGCUACUUCUGCAACGAUGUUGUGGCCCCAGCAGACUCCAUGAAAGACCUCACUCUCGACCAGCAGUGCACUGUUACCCGACCUGGUAUCGCUGCCAUCGCGUCCGCAUUGCUCGUCGAGCUAGUGAUCUCAGUGCUCCAGCAUCCUCAGGGUCACGCCGCACCUGCUGCGUCAUCUUCCCAGGAAGAUCGUGGCGACCAUCCACUUGGCAUUGUUCCGCAUCAGAUCCGCGGCUUCUUGUCUAGCUUCAACAAUCUGAACAUCGUCGGACAGUCAUACGACUGUUGUAGUGCCUGCUCCGAGAAGGUACUGUCGGCGUAUGAGACGGAUGGUUGGUCUUUCGUCGAGAAGGCGCUGAACGACAAGGACUAUGUCGAAGAAUUGAGCGGCCUGAAGGAGGUUCAGCGGGCUGCCGAAGCCGCCGCCGCCGACAUUGAGUUCAGCGAGGAAGAAGGCAUCGAGGAUGAGGGGGACGGCGAGCUCAUUUAA